UCCAUGAAUUGUUUGAGUGGACGAACACUGAAACUGUUCCUGCAAAUUUAUGACACAUCUGCAUGGUGUAAUUGGUUGAGACUGGUAAAGCGUAUGAGCGAUCAUUCAGUAUCGCAGAAACUGCCAUUAAGCCCAACAGAGAAACUACGUGAAAACGAGAACACUGAUGACUUCCUGGGAAUAGGGCGCGAUCACGAUCUUGACGAUGACCGAGCACACUCGCGGUUGACCGACUCGUCUGACGUAACGUCCAACACCCGGUUUGCUAAUGCCGCCUCCUAUGUCGAGUCUACCGAUCGUUCACUUAGUAGGAGGUCAAGUGUCAAACAAACGAAACCUAAACAAUUUCAAAACCUAAAGAAAACAAAGUUUGGUUUUGUUCGUUUUGACGAAAAUAAUAGAGGAUUGGAAAACAGUGUUGUAAAUGAAAACGAGAAACUUGGUCGUAUUAAAAUUUCGGAAAAUAAAAUGAAAUCCAAAUGUGAUAGAAUAUCAUCUUCAUUUCCGACAUUUGACAAAACUGUUGCUGCCCCAUUUGAAAGAUCAAGUGAUAAUUCUAGCAUAUUUGACAGCCAGUACUUUAACUAUGAAAAGAAAGCUUUUGCAGAUUUGAAUUCUGAAGAGGAACAUUUGAAUAUGGCGAAUCUGUGGCAAGAGCAAAACUCUGAUGAACAAUUAUUAGAUCAGAAAGAUAUUUGGAGACAAAGUAUGUCUGAAAAUGAUGCAUCCACAGCAUUCAAUUUCAUUGAUGGACAGUAUUUUGAGAACACUAGCACACCAAAUGAUGACAUGGAGAAUUAUAAAAACAAUGGUGUGCAUAUAGAUACUAGUACACGUAAUGUACAGACAUCGCGUGACAUGAAUUAUGUCGACGACCAGUAUUUCGGUAACCCAGGGUUACCAGACAUGAGUACCGUUCUCUCUCAGUUGCCAAGUACUAGCUCACUUUCAGACAAGCACACAGAUAGUUUUUUCAAUUCUCAGGUGAUUUCUACAGAUGUUGACAAAGACACUGCUAGUUCUAGUGAACAGACAUUUUUACAGUAUGGCACUUUGUCUCAAAAGAAUCUUAAGAAAUUGAAGCAUAAAGAUCCACUACCAGUAGGUGAUUCAGAAACACAUGUACAGAACAGUAAGAAAAGACAAACUAAAGAGAGCUUGAGAGUACAUGUUUCGGAAACCAAGUCUAAUAACUCAAAACAUGCCACUGAUGGUCGUACACAGGAAACCGAUCCCGAGUCAGCGUAUUAUUUAGCUAUGAAGAUCAGGAGAGAGAUGAAAUCGAAGGGUCAACAUGUCAGCAAGGAAAACGUGGUCGAGACGAAUGAGUUGGACCAUGAAAGACGUUAUGCAGGUCCUGUUGACAGUAAAGGUUUUCGUAUUCUGAAGAACCAGGUUCCUGAUUUCGGAAACACGCCAUCGGUUAUGAUAGCUAACGAACUGAAGAAAAGCAUCAUCUACAAUAAAGGUGAUGUAAUUGCCAUCUACAAACCUUAUGGUCUUCCUUCUCAUGGUGGUCCCGGGGUGCGAGUCAGUGUGGGUCAACUCUUACCUCAGCUCUGUGACAUGUUGUCUGGUAAAGAAAACAUCAACAUGCUGCAUCUUGUGCACAGACUGGACAAAGAAACCACCGGCGUGAUGCUCCUAGCAAAAACUCCAGAAAUGGCAUGGAGGUUGAAAAAUGCUUUUCGAAAGCAGGAAGUAAUGAAAAUGUACUGGGUGAUUGUAAAAGGAAUUCCAAAGCCAUCUGAAGGUAUUAUUGAUAUUCCCAUGUCAGAAGGAAAAGUGGAAGGGAUACACAGGAUGGUGUUGCGUCCCGAUUACACGGAAUACACCAAACUGACGGAGAAGAAACGCAGUAUCAAGUCCUACCGCGCCAUCACACGGUAUCGCGUGUUGGAGUCAGCCAGUGAUGCAGCCCUAGUCGAGUGUCAGCCACACACAGGAGUUAAACACCAGAUCCGUGUCCACCUGGCGUACGGCUUGAACACACCGAUACUUGGAGAUCACAAGUAUUCUCACUUCACAAAACUAGCUCCUCAGAGACUAUUUCCGGACAUGCUUCAGCAACUGGGGAUUCGCCAGAGCAAGGUGCGCCAUGUGCCGAUGCACUUGCAUGCGAAGAGCAUCGUCAUUCCCGAGAUACUGGAUGGACAGAACCUGGCCGUGUCCUGCCGACUUCCGCGCCACUUCGUUACCAACAUGUCGCGACUCCGACUGAAACCAGCGACAAACUCUUGAGUCAGAGUCCAAGGGAUGAAACUCAACUGAGAGGUCAUUAGUGGUGCCAAUGAGAAGGAGCAGCCUAUCAAAGUGAAUGACCAUCAGUGCCUGUAUUCCACACAUCUCCGCUUUUUAUCUCACCUCCAACAUUAGUUUGUUUUGUUUAACAAUAACACUAGAGCACAUCAGUUUAUUAAUCAUCAGCUAUUGGAUGUCAAACAUUGGGUAAUUUUGACAUAGUCUUAGAGAGGAAAUCCACUACAUUUUUCUGUUAAUAGCAAAGGAUCUUUUAUAUGAAAUAUCCUCUAAGAAAUGAGAAAACAAGGAAUGCGUAUUACUUUUCCAAAAGUGGUGAUGUCAACUUUUGUGUUUAUUCCUAAGCUACAUUUUCAUGUUUAGGUAAAUUAUUCACCAAAUUAGUUUAUGACAGGGGAGACAGUUUGACAGGCGAGACAGUAUGACAGGCGAGACAUUUAAUUCUUCAAAAAUGUUGUUGCUUUUAGGAAUGCAUUUAUGUAAUCAGCUGUAUGUAAUUUAAAUCUAAAAUAAAAGUGUAACCUUGCUA